GAGCCUCCCUCCCACUCUCUCCGCUUACAGUAGUGCUAUCUAUCUUCCACUCGAAUCGCAGUCUCUCUGUCAGUAUCCACGAUAUGAGCGCUAUAAUGGCGCGAAACAUGGUACCUCUGCGUCCGAAAGGAACAGUUUCAGCGCACCUGUGCCGGGCUGUGUUUAUCGCCUCGGCUUGGAUGUCACUGAUGGGACCCGUGCGAUGUGACAGCCGGAGCGACGCGGAUCGUAUGCUUGACAGCGGUGGCGGUAUAGGCAUAGACAGGAGAGACGGAAUGUUCGGACAGGACUUGGGUGAUAAUGAUAUGGACAUGGAAUCCCGGCGCUUCAGGAGAGCUCUAUCCCAAGAGAAAGUGUCCCUGCUCAGCAGCUCGUUCGUGCUCAAAGGGGAUGCCACUCACAACCAGGCGAUGGUUCACUGGACGGGGGAGAACAGCAGCGUCAUUCUCAUCCUGACCAAGUAUUACCACGUCGACUCCAGCAAGGUCCUAGAGAGCUCCCUCUGGAGAUCCAGUGACUAUGGCACCACCUACACAAAGCUCAACCUGAUGCCUGGUACAACCAUCGUGGUCUCUAACUUCUAUAUCUGCCCCACCAACAAGAAAAAGGUGAUCCUGGUGAGUUCGUCCAUUAACGAGCGGGACCAGUUGCUGUUCAUCAGUACAGACGAGGGCUCCUCUUUCCAGCGCCAGCCCCUCUCCUUCACUGCUGAGACCCUCCUCUUCCACCCUAAGGAGGAGGACAAGGUGCUGGCUUACUGCAAGGAGGGCAAGCUCUACGUGUCCAUGGAUUUGGGCCGGAAGUGGACUCUAAUGCAGGAACGAGUAACCAAGGGCAGAAUAUUCUGGUCUGUGGCUGGUGUAGAUGUGGACCCUGACUUGGUGCAUAUGGAGAUGCAGGACACAAGUGGAGGGUACCUGUAUGUAACCUGUCUGAUCCAGAACUGCUCAGACAAGACCGUAACGGCUCAGUUCCUGGGAAAGAUUGACCACAACUCUCUCUCAGUCCAGGACGACUACAUAUUUGUCAAGGUGACCACAGGAAACCGCACCAAGCACUACGUCUCAUACCAACGGAACGAGUUUGUCCAGAUGAGUUUCCCUAAAUACGCCCUACCAAAGGACGUCCACAUAGUGAGUACGGAUGAGAGCCAGGUGUUCCUGGCCCUGCAGGAGUGGUACCAGACAGACAGCUACAACCUGUACCAGUCGGACCCGCAGGGUGUUUACUACUCCGUCGUGCUGGAGAACGUCCGCAGUGCCAAGCAGCCGGAGGAGAGCGUCGUUAUAGACAUACUGGAGGUGCGCGGGAUCAAGGGGGUCUUCCUGGCCAAUCAGAAGGUGGAUGGCAAAGUGCGGACUCUCAUCACCUAUAACAAAGGCCGAGACUGGGAACCGCUAGCUCCGCCUACUACUGACAUGAACGGCAAACCGGUCAACUGCAAAUCACCUGACUGUCACCUCCACCUCCACCUGCGCUGGGCUGACAACCCCUACGUAUCAGGGACCGUUCACACCAAAGACUCCGCCCCCGGACUCAUCAUGGGCGCAGGUAACUUGGGUUCCCAGCUGGUGGAGUAUAAAGAAGAGAUGUACAUCACCUCUGACUGUGGGAAGACCUGGAGACAGGUGUUUGAGGAGGAGCAUCACAUCCUGUACCUGGACCAUGGAGGGGUCAUCGUUGCCAUCAAAGACACCUCCAUCCCUCUCAAAAUACUCAAGUUCAGUAUUGAUGAGGGACGCACCUGGACCAUCCACAACUUCACAAGCACCUCAGUGUUCGUGGACGGACUUUUGAGCGAGCCGGGAGAUGAGACGUUGGUCAUGACGGUGUUCGGUCACAUCAGCUAUCGGUCAGACUGGGAGCUGGUCAAGGUGGACUUCAGAGAGUCAUUCCCCAGACAAUGUACAGAGGGAGACUACGACUCCUGGAAACUCACAGAUCUGCAGGGAGAGAAGUGCAUCAUGGGUCAGGAGAGGAGUUUCAGGAAGAGGAAGGACACUGCGUUCUGUAUCAAGGGGAGGAGCUACACCUCCGCCCUGACUACCAAGCCCUGCCAGUGCUCUGAGAAAGACUUCAACUGUGACUAUGGGUUUGAACGUGCCCAGAGCCUCAAAACAGAGGGAGAUAGAUGCUUCGCUGACUUCUGGCACGACCCAGACUCACCGCCUGACGACUGUCACCAGGGACACAACUUUGAGUCCAGUACUGGGUACAGGAAGGUUGUGUCCAACUUGUGUGAAGGGGGAGUGAACAAGCAGCAGAGCGCCAAGCAGCACACCUGUCCUCUGCUGCCGCCCAGAGGCCUCCAGCUGGGCAUCAAAGGACAGAUGCUGGCUGUGGCGCCUGGUGAUGACAUCACCUUCAUUGUCCACCAGGAGCAGGGUGACACCAGCAGCACUAAGUACCAGGUGGAUCUGGGGGACGGGAUGAGGGCCAUCUACCAGAACCUGACGGUGACAGACGAACCCAUCCAGCACCGCUACGAACAGCAGGGAGUCUACCGCGUCACCGUCAAGGCUGAGAACGUUGCCGGACAUGACCAGGCCACCAUAUAUAUCCAGGUCACAGCCCCUCUACAGGAAGUUCACCUAGAAGUAGUUCCCAUCGCCGGGAUUAACCAGGAAGUCAACCUGACCGCUGUGGUGCUUCCCUUUGAGGCCAACCUGACUGUCUUCUACUGGUGGAUAGGAGACAACCUGCAGCCCAAGAUGUCCCUGGGGAACAGUCUGAUAACGAGGUUCCCUGAGGAAGGAGAGGUGUCUGUCACCGUCCAGGCCUCUAACGGACGCUCCAUGGUGCAGGACACCAAGAACGUCCACGUCUACGACCAUUUCCAGGUCAUCCCCCUUGCCUUCAGCAGUAACCUGGACCGCCUCAACCCCAACAUUCCAGAGUGGAGGGAGGACGUGGGUCAGGUGGUCACCAAGAUAUUGUCAAAGAUCACAGGUAUCCCCCAGGUGUCCCUGGUAACCAUGGUGAAGCGGGGCCUGCCCACCACAGCUGACCUGUACGUUCUCCCACCAGAGAGCCAGCGUGAUAAGAGGAGCGUGUUUGUGGAUAAGCGUAUCCCUGCCAUCAAGCAGGCCUUCAACGACAACAACGUUAGCUUCAUUGUACGAGGAGGUCUACAGGUGUUGGUGACGCUAGCUGACCCGAACGCAGGUUCUCAGGGUGGAAUGGCAGGUCCUGGAGUCUGGGCUCUGUCUGUCAUCUUCCUCAUCAGCCUCCUCGCUACUGGAUCCUUCAUCCUCUACAAGUUCAAGAGUCCUUGGCUUAGGACUGAGGAUGCCUAUCCUCCGCUGUUUUUCAGAAAGCUGCCCGGCCGGAACGUGUACGCCCAGAUGCACAAUGAGAAGGAGCAGGAGAUGACCAGCCCUGUCAAUCACAGUGAGGACACGCAGCACAUCAUCCAGGGGGAGGAGUUUAUCGACGACGACCUGGACUCACAGACUCUAGGUAACGCAGAAGGUAACCACUCGGGCGUGGUGCUGAGCAUCAACUCCAGAGAGCUGCACAGCUACCUGACCAGCUGAUGGCUGAACACAGACACGCUAAUCAGCUAGCCAUGCUAACGAGCACAGGGAACUCUAAUCUGCCUUCCUCCUCUGUCGCUCCGUCUGACCAACCAAUCCACCGCUCCCCGUACAGAGGAAGAGAGAAAGCACCACAGUACUACAGUCUAGCAUUAGUCCCUCUCUGUCCUCUCCUCUCUGAUUCCUCUCCAUGGCCCCUUGCUCCCUCGUUUCCGUCUCUCGCUCAGAGGGACACUUAUCCUCCGUUCUGCUCGUCUCUCUAUCCCGUCCUCCACUGCGUUACUGUAACAUCGGGGGUGUGGGCCAACUCUGCUUUUUACCCAGUGUCCUUUGCACCCAGUGUCCUUUGCACCAGUGUCCUUUGCACCAGCGCCCUUUGCACCCAGUGUCCUUGUACCCAGUGCCAUGACUGCUCUGUGUGUUCUCAUUGGCUAAACCCCUUGGAGAAUGAUUGGACGCCACCCAGUGAGGAAAGAGAAAUCCGGUGAAAUCACAGAGAACGCCCCGCCUACUGGCCUGCUAUUUAGAACGUUCAGGACUGUAAGACUCGUCUUUCACUGACCCUCACCAGGUAGUUUCCAGAUACGCUAUACAGUGCAUUUGGAAAGUAUUCAGACUUCUUGACUUUUUCACAAUGUUGUUACGUUCCAGCCUUAUUCUAAAAUGGAUUGAAUAGUUUUUUUCCCCCUCAUCAAUCUACACACAAUACCCCAUAAUGACAUUACACUACCCCAUAAUGACAUCACAAUACCCCAUAAUGACAAAGCAAAAACAGGUUGUAUUUUUUUUUGCAACAUAGAUAUUCAGACCCUUCACUCAGUACUUUGUUGAAGCACCUCUGGCAGUGAUUACAGCCUGAGUCUUCUUGAGUAUGACGCUGCAAGCUUGGCACAGCUGUAUUUGAGGAGUUUCUCCUAUUCUUCUCUGCAGAUCCUCUCAAGCUCUGUCAGGUUGGAUGGGGAACGUCGCUGCACAGCUAUUUUCAGGUCUCUCCAGAGAUGUUCGAUUGGGUUCAAAUCCGAGCUCUGGCUGGGCCACUCAAGGACAUUCAAAGACUUGUCCCGAAGCCACUCCUGUGUUGUCUUGGCUGUGUGCUUAGGGUCAUUUUCCUGUUGGAAGGUGAAUCUUCACCCCAGCCUGAGGACCUGAGUGCUCUGGAGCAGGUUUUCAUCAAGGAUCUCUCUGUACUUUCCAUAGAUUUUUCCCUCGAACCUGACUAGUCUUCCCGUCCCCGCAGCAUGAUGCUGCCACCACCAUGCUUCACUUUAAAGAUGAUACCAGGUUUCCUCCAGAUGUGACACUUGGCAUUCAGGCCAAAGAGUUCAAUGUUUGAUUCAUCAAACCAGAGAAUCUUGUUUCUCAUGGUCUGAGUCCUUAAGGUGCCUAUAGUGGCUUUACCAUAAAGGCCUGAUUAGUGGAGUGCUGCAGAGAUGGUUGUCCUUCUGGAAGGUUCUCCCAUCUCCGUAGAGGAACUCUGGAGCUCUGUCAGAGUGACCAUCGGGUUCUUGGUCACCUCCCUGACCAAGGUCAUUCUGCCCCAGUUUGGCCAGGCGGACAGCUCUAGGAAGAGUCUUGGUGGUUCCGAACUUCUUCCAUUUAAGAAUGAGGCCACUGUGUUGUUGGGGACCUUCAAUGUGGCAGAAAUGUUUGGUACUCUUCCCCAGAUCAGUGCCUCAACACAAUCCUGUCUCUUUACGGACAAUUCCUUCCACCUCAUGGCUUUGUUUUUGCUCUGACAUUCACUGUCAACUGUGGGAUCUUAUAUAGACAGGCCUUUCCAAAUCAUGUCUAAUCAAUUGAAUUUACCACAGGUGGACUUGAAUCAAGUUGUAGAAACAUCUCAAGGAUGAUCAAUGGAAACAGGAUGCACAUGAGCUCAAUUUUGAGUCUCAUAGCAAAGAGUCUGAAUACUUAUGUAAAUAAUGUUUUUUUGUUUUUUUAUUUGAAUACAUUUACAAACAUUUCUAAAAUACUGUUUUCGUUUUGUCUUUAUGGGGUAUUGUGUGUAGAUUGACGAGGGAAAAAAUGCAUUUAAUCAAUUUUAGAAUAAGGUAACAAAAUGUGGAAAAAGUCAAGGGGUCUGAAUACUUUCCGAAUGCACUGUAUAUACAAAAGUAUGUGGACACCCCAUCAAAUUAGUAGAUUUGGCUAUUUCAGCCACACCUGUUGCUGACAGGUGCAUAAAAUCAAGCACACAGCCAUGCAAUCUCCAUAGACAAACAUUGGCAGUAGAAUUGCAUUACCGAAGAGCUCAGUUACUUUCAAUGUUGGAUGCCAUCUUUCCAACAAGUCAGUUCGUCAAAUUUCUGCCCUGCUAGAGCUUCCCCGGUAACCUGUAAAUUAUUUUACCGUGAAGUGGAAAUGUCUAGGAGCAACAACGGCUCAGCCACGAAGUGGUAGACCCCGCAACCUCACAGAACGGGACCGCCUAAUGCAUUUCUGUGCUUCAAACUUUGUGGUAACAGUUUGAGGAAGGCCCUUUCCUGUUUCAGCAUGACAAUAUCCCCGUGCACAAAGUGAAGUCCAUACAGAAAUGGUUUGUCGAGAUCGGUGUGGAAGAACUUGACUGGCCUACACAGAGGCCUGACCUCAACCCUAUCGAACACCUUUGGGAUGAAUUGGAACGCCAACUGCGAGCCAAGCCUAAACUCCCGCCCGACCUCACUAAUGCUCUUGUGGCUGAAUGGAAGCAAGUCCCUGCAGCAAUGUUCCAACAUCUAGUGGAAAGCCUUCCCAGAAGAGUGGAGGCUGUUAUAGCAGCAAAGGGGGGACCAACUCCAUAUUAAUGCCCAUGAUUUUUGAAUGAGAUCUUCGAUGAGCAGGUGUCCACAUACUUUUGGUAACGUAUUGUAUCCUAGUUCACCACCAGUAGUAGGAGGAUUGUGGGGUGCUGUCCACAGUAUCACCAAAACAGAACCACGCAAUGACCAGGCCAUAGCCUUGAGAAGUACAGUUUGGUAAAAUAGUUUAGCAGUGGAGAAAAGAGAGGUGGAGUUGUUAACACCUCCAUUACUACCAAAUAAAGAGUAGCAAUGUUUUUAAAAGAAGCAAUUUAUAAUUGUCUCUUUCUCUCUCUCUCUCACACUUCAAAUGCAAUAACAAUCUUAUUCGGGAAAGAAUGAGAUAGAGCGCCCACUUUAAAUCUGCAGGGAAGUUAUAUGAAGGAUAGGACGUGGAACUGGAGCAGUCUGAACUGAGACAGGGUUGCCUUUGUGAGAAGAAUGCAACUACCCAUUUAGGCACUAGGGGGUGGUGUUGCUCUGUUUAUAAAUCCCAGAUACAGGUACUUGCCGUUGAGCUAAAAUGAAGCGUGUGGGAAAAUCCUCUUUCAUUCACCAUUAUUGACAUGCAAUCCUUGUUAAUAUGUUUCCUUUUCAUCAUACAACAAUGUAUAAGAAUGCUCUUUAGUAAUUCAUAUUUUAAUCUUUUUUUUUUAAAGAUGAAGUCUUUGUAUAAUAAUAAAAAAAUGUUUUAUGGUACUUGAUGAGCAGGUUAAAAGAAUGACAUGUAGAAUGGUGUGUGGUUGUGUGAUAUAUCAGUACAUUUACAGCAUGUCCACCGGUUAGAAAGCAAUUGUUUGCCCCACGGUGCCUAAAAACAAGUGGACUCCUCUGCUCAUUUAACAUGAACUACAACUCCAGCCAAACCUCUCAUCAAAACAACAAAAUCACACAUUUCCUGUGCAUUUCCUUUUUUUUUUUUUAAAUUUACGAAUAACAGUAUGACCCCAAACCCAAGAUAGCCCCCGGUUCAGAGGUCAACGUGAGUUAAUUUCCCCAGAGACAAAGUCGUCGUCAUGGAGAUGGUGUGGCUGUCAUUAUUGAGCCUAUGUUAGGCAGAGUUACUGGUGGUAUUUCUCCCCAUAUAAUUUGUCUUGUGUACAUAGAUUUGUAUAUAUGAACAACCUCUCACUGUAUAUAGUCCUUCACGUGAGUGUGAGUAUUUUACACUGAUACCAAAACAUACACAGUUGUUUUUUUGGUCUCCUCCACUGAAUCCUCUCAUAACAGUACAACGACGCAGAGAGUUUCUCAAUACCAUUGCUUGCUUCUCAUGUAUCAGCGAUAUUUCAGUGUAUAGCUAAGUAUCAUAGACUUUUAGAUAGGCUACUUUUUUGUUGUAUCCAUUGUUUAACUGGAAAGGAUCACUCAUUAUCAAAUCUACAACAUUGGUAAGUAGCUUUCCUUCCCAAGAUGUUUGAUGUGCACUAAGGAUGUAGUCAUCUUGAAGAGUACAGUCUAGAGUGAAGUCGACCAUCUUCACACAUUGGGCCAUACAGACUUGCUAGGGAUGUCUUGAAUGAGACGGUACUAGUCUACAGACCAAUGCUCAGAGUCAAUCUCUCGCUUUCCAGUGAGUCAGUUCCAUUCAUGAUGACGGUAGGCCGAUCUGAUACAUCCAGACACACACUGGCCUGCCUGUCUGUUCUUCAUGUUCUUUUGUACAUAUAUCUGCUUAUAUUUGGCUUGUUCUUAGUUUUCUAGAGAUGUCUCGUCUGUUAUUAUGUCCACCCCUUGUUGAAGGGGGGGGGGUCAAGAGAAUCCAAUAUAUUUGUGAGGUAGAUUCACUGUUGAUGACUACGACCAUGUGAAGUUGACCUCACAGUUUUAUUCAUGUUUUUUUGGUUUGUUUGAAUUUUGGUAAAUAAAUGAAAAAUGUUAUGAAGUCCUCAACAGAAAGCGAAGCGCACUUAACAUGCAUUCUGGAAUAAAUCACUCCCCUAAAUCUA